UGUAGACAUGCCUCCUCUCAGCCACGGACCAGAGAGAGAGAUCAUUACCCACACGCUCACCUCUAUAUUCAGGAGCCUCCUGGACGACUCUCACUUCCACCACUCUCUGGUGAACGGUGUGGCUGAACCCGUGCCCUACUUCACCCAGCUGAGACAGACUGCCUACACCCCUACCACACCUCUCCCUGGGGCUGCUACGCCUUUUCCUGGGACCAGGGAGGCCGCUCCACCUUGCCCCUCUACUCCUCAGCUCCUCAUGGGGGGCAGUCUGUACAGUGCUGGGGUAACAGAGGUAACAAAGCAACAACCACAGACCCAGAAGCCAACAGUGAAGCGAGAGCGUCAGCUCAACGUUCAGGAGACCAUCCGCAGGUUGCCAGAGUUCUGUGACGUGACAGAGGAGGUUCUCCUCAACACCUUACAGAACCUGAUGAUGGAGUCCUUCCUGGGAGAGCUGGUCCUUACAGCCAGGCCACGAAUCAUCGCUCUGCCUCCUGUCUCUGCCAGGAGGAACAGCUGUGGUUCCAGGAGGCUGUCCAGAGGUGGAGCUGACCCAGACAGGAGCAGAGAGACCAGGGGGGGUUGCUCUGGGUCUUAGCUUCAGCCCACCCUCUUCACUACUGGCCAACUUGGCAUGGACCUAACCAGUGUUUUACUCCACGCAAUGCCUCAACAUUAUUUCAUACCCAAUUAAUAACUAUUUUUAAAAAUUAAGAAGUUCAACAAAAGUUGAUUUGACCAUUUUAAAAUAGCGGUUCACGUCUCAAUGCCCUGAUCUACAAUGUGAUUAGUACUUUCACACCCUCAUGUACCUGAUAGUAUCUCUGUGAAGCACUGGACAGUUUCACUUCACUAUAUCUAGCCUUUAUGCUAAACCCAAACAUUGACAACAAACCAUUCCAAAAACAUUUUUUUGUUUAUUAAAAAGGAAUUCAGUCCACAGUA